CUGUGUUGGCAGCCCUCAGACAAGCUUUUUGUGGGCCUGAUAGUGCCCGCUAAAGACCAAGCGCUGCUGCCAAGCCGUGAAAGUAGAGCCGUCAGUACCUGUUCUCAGCAACCGAGUUGAAAACUCUGAGCUCUAAGCCCCAGCACACGUAAAACACACCCGGAGCUUUAUCCCAGCAGGCAUCCGAGCGCGAACGGCGGACGCAUUCUUGUCCUCUGCGUUCUCUGCGCUGUCGACGCACUAAGAAAAGAACGCGCGCACACACUGUGCGGAAUGCCAACCACGAAAACGAUGCUCGGCGUCGGUGCGUGCGCCAUCGCGGUCGUCGCGCUCUGCCGCCGCGCCUUACGCACGCCGACGCCGCGCGACGGCCGCCCGCAGCUCACGCGCCAGAACGCGUAUCGCACCCUUCCGGGCCUCCGAGACGACCCGCCGCCGUCGUACUCACCGAAGGACCUCGUCGGCGGCGCGCCGCCGCGGGCUGAGGGCGACGGCGCGACGCCGGCGUUCGCGCUCGAGCUCCUCAAAGCCCUGUCCUCUGAUCGCGAGAAUGUCUUUGUGAGCCCCCUGUCCAUCGCGACGGCCCUGAAGAUGGCGCUCGCCGGCGCGACGCCCGGGAGCCGCCACGAGGCGGCUCUCCGGAAGGCGGUCGGGGGCAUCGACGUCCAGGUGGCCGGCGUCGACGCGGCGAACGCGUUGUACGCGCGUGCCGAUGUGAAGGCGUCGUUCGCCGACAAACUGAAGCGGCUCUUCAACGCCGCCGCGGCGCCGAUGCCGGCGUCGGCGGCGCCCAUCAACGAGUUUGUGGCCAAGGCUACGAAGGGACUGAUCACCAACCUUAUUGACGACGGCACGGUCCGGGACCCGAUGACGACGGCUAUUCUCCUAAACGCCGUGUACUUCAAGGGUACGUGGCUCAAGAAGUUCGAGAAGGGUAACUCCCGGCCGGGCGCCUUCCAGGCACCAAGUGGCGAGAAGCAGGUCGACUUCAUGCGGCAGGAGCAGCGCUAUGCUGUUCAUAACGCCGCUGGCGUCGGUCAGGCCGUGGCUCUUCCGUAUGCAAAAGACGACCUCCGCAUGGUGCUGAUUCUGCCCGAGUCGGACGGACUCGCGGGCGCGCGUGCGACGGCGGCGGCGCUGCCGGCGCGCUGGGCGGAGCUCCGGCCCCUCGCCGAGGACAAGGUUGUGGUGGUGCUGCCUCGCUUUAAGAUCGACUCGGGCGUUGUUGAAUUGAUGGACGUGCUGGACGCCUCGUUUGGCCUGGGCCUCAUCAAGCGCGAGGGCGGGGGCUUCCUAGGCAUCGCGGACCGGCCGGACCUCCACGUCGACUCCGUGCUGCACCGCGCGGUCAUCUCCGUCGACGAGGAGGGUACGGAAGCGGCCGCGGCGACGGCCGUCAUAGUGGCGCAACGGGCCAUGCCCCGGCCGCCGCGCGUGCUCAAGUUUGAUCGCCCCUUCGUGUUCGCGAUCGAGCACGCGGCGACGGGGCGCGUCGUGUUUGCGGGGGUUGUGGCGGAACCGAGCAGCGCUUGAGCUCUUCUAGUGUGCAUGUAAGUGAUUUAAACCAAUCGAAAAGACAGACUAGCGUUAAGCAUACUAGACGCCCUCCGAAUCAAGAUAGUCAAGCUUUGUUUGCCCCUUGUGGGCACGUACAGACCUCAAAAACGUAAGCAAGGCGGCGUAGGGAUCCUUAAACGACACGCCCUAUACUUUUUUUUGCAAAAGCAUCGCUAUCAGCGAAUUCUGAUUUUGGUGCAGUGAAACUUUGCAGGCAAAGUGGCGCACGCGCGCGCGCCUCGCUUCGUUACCUUCGUCUUAGGCACUCCAGAUAACGUUGACGCCACGCCAUUGAUGAGAGCGCGCGUAAAUCGCCCCUUGCGAACCGGCGACGCGACGCCGCGC